GCUGUCAAAUUUGAAAUCUAGCUAAUGUCAACGAUCUGUGUCAAAACGGCCGAAACGCUAAACAAGAAACUACAUCGCUGGCCUUACGCUUGAAAAAUCUAUUUACUUCAAAAGUGACCACUUAAGCUGGUUCAGCAUGCAGUCAAAUUAUUCGCCAGAAGUGUCGUCAACGUACAUUCAUCCGAAUGCCAACCACAAUGCUGAUAACUCAUCAUGCAGCCCAUCCCGACAAAAGCAAAUUUCACCGAAAUUACGACGAUCACCAAGUAAACCGAUGCACACUUCACCAUUGGCAACCGACAAAGAAUGCCCCAGCAAACGGAAACUCAAUUCGUCUGAGAAGAUCUCUGACAAAGCAAAACGUUCAACGAACGGAACGGAACACAUGCCACCACAUCUCAGACGAUGUACGACCGGCGUCAGCAAUUCAACAGCCAUUCAGAAUCACGUUCCUACACAAUCCAACUACUCAGCCAUGUUGAAUCUGUCACCGGAUGUGGGAAGCAUUGAGGAAGGCCGUCGGUUAUUUGAAAUUUUGCUUAGACCACUGACAGUAGCUGUUUUUAUGGAUAAAUACUGGGAAAAGCAGCCGCUCCGCGUGGACCGUAAACGUUCAGAAUUCUAUGAGGAUUUACUGUCGUCGGAUGCAAUCGACAAAAUGUUGCGACAAAAUCACGUCGAAUUUACCAAAAACAUUGACGUUCAGUUCAAGGACGGCAACGAGGUUAUCACUCCCAUUGGUCGUGCACUGCCACCGACAAUUUGGCAAUACUACAGCGAUGGUUGUGGCAUCAAAAUUUUGAAUCCUCAAACCUUUUUGCCGGCCAUCCAUUCAAUGAAUGCAACGCUUCAAGAGUAUUUCCAAUGCAUGAUCGAUUCCACCGUACAUUUAGGUUCAAAGAAUAGCGAAGGAUAUCCGCCUCGGUACGAGGACGCAGAAAUGGUUAUUUUACAAAUUGAAGGCAAAAAACAUUGGCGACUGUACAGGCCUUUACAUCGCAGUAACAUGCUGUCACGUGAAUCAAAAAAUGUUGACUUAAAUCAGAUAGAUGCACUGGGGCCACCAGUAAUGGACGUUGUAUUGAACGCCGGCGAUCUUCUGUAUUUUCCACGCGGAUACGUUAACGAAACGACAUCCAUGGCUGAUUGCCAUUCUCUGCACCUCCAGAUUAGUCUCUACCGAAAGCAAACGUUUGGCGAUUUACUGGAAAUCUUACUGCCAAUGGCACUGAAAGAAGCUAUCAACGAGAAUCUAAGUUUGCGAAAAGGUUUACCGUUAGACAUUUGGCAGAAUAUGGGCGUUGUGAACAGCGACAAUUACUAUCGCGAACGGGACGCAGUGAUCGCACAAAUCAAGGAAUGCUUCGAAACGGUUGCACGUCAUGUCAAGGCUGACAACACUUUAGACAAUGCCGUGGAUCAAAUGGCGUUACGAUAUCAACACGAUGCACUGCCGCCGAAACUAACACCGGAAGAAGAGGUACGAAGUGUUUAUGGUACAAAAAUAACAGCUGGAGAGGACGGUUCGCCCGAAUACAAUUACAUUGAAUUGGAUACGCGAAUCCGACUCAUUCGGGGAAAUGUUGUGCGUAUGGUUCGGCAUGACAAUGGCAUUCGAGUUUAUUACAGUUCGGAGAAUUCGAAAGACCAUCACGGAUUUGAGGAAAAUUAUUUGGAAAUAAAUCCAACUGAAGCACCUGCUGUUGAGGUGCUGAUCAAAGCUUAUCCGUUGUACAUCACGCCAAGAGACCUUCAAUUGGAAGGUAAUGAUAAGAAUUUAUUUGUCGCUCAGGAUUUAUGGGAACGAGGCAUUUUGAUGAGCCACGAUCCGUUAGUAUGAAUGGAAUAUUGUAGUUAGGUUAGUGUUUCUCCUAUUUGUUUCCUUUUUUUUUAAAUAAAUUUGUCGAUUCUAA